ACAAUUUACAUUUAGGUACCGGUAAUCUUGGAAAAUUUAACACAGAAUUAAAAUGGAAAAUCCUUUAUUCGGCACAGCUCAUCUACUGGAUGAAGUGGAUAAAAAACUAAUGGUUUUGCUGCGGGACGGUCGAACGCUUAUCGGGUAUUUGAGAAGCGUUGAUCAAUUCGCCAACCUGGUGCUCCAUCGGACCAUCGAGCGAAUACAUGUUGGCAAUGAGUACGGAGACAUCCAGCGUGGCGUUUUCAUUAUACGAGGAGAGAAUGUUGUGCUGCUGGGCGAAAUUGACAGAGAAAAGGAGAAUAAUCUACCCUUGAAAGAGAUUUCUGUCGAUGAUAUACUGGAUGCGCAACGCCGUGAGCAAGAGGCCAAGCAGGAAAAGCAUCGACUAAUCGCAAAAGCAUUGAAAGAACGAGGUCUCAAUGUGAAUUCUGAACUAACACAAGAUGAGUUUUAAUACGUUUUAAGAUGCAUAGUUUAGAAAGUGACAGCAUUUAACAUGGAUAAUUCUAUUGUUUUUGUUUAUUAUAUACUUCUUUUG